UUCUAAACUUGCCUUCCUGCAAAUGGGUAUGGUCAACAAUUGCCCAUACUUGGCUGUCUCUCUUAUGGCUCCCACAUGGUGGAAUGGCCUCCUUGAGAAGAUGGUGGCUCUGGAGGAUUAUGCAGAUCCAUUUGAUACCAAAGAAGAAGUGGGGGGUCCAACUGGAGAACAGGAAAGGAUGAAAAAUGAAGGUUACAUGGAACCUUACGAAGCUCAGAAAAUGUUGGCUGAGGUACAGAAGAGAGGUUCUGACGACGGGCCAGCUGUUCCAAAACCUCUGCACUUGUACGACACACCAUACGAAGCAUGUGAGAGCAACAUAGAUGCAGAUAGCAAGCCCCCACCAGACGUCCCGUUUCGCUAUUCGUGGCUGCCUGAGGAUGACGAACGGCCGCCCGAGGAAUAUGACCAGCCCUGGGAGUGGAAGAAGGAUCGGAUCUCCAGAGUAUUUGCAGUUGAGAUCGAAGGGAUCAGGGAGUUACCAUGGCCACCCCCUGUCGGACAGCUUGAUAGCAUGGCUGAUCGCUCGGAUGCAGAGGGACCACCCAGCCUCCAGAGCAUCAGUGCCAGAUGCCUGCCUGCAAACAGCCCACCUCGGCUCCAGAGCACCAGUUCCAGCCUUCCAGACUCCAUGGCUGUGUCUGCUCCCCUGGACGACAGCGGCAACGGGACAGUGAAGAGCCAGGCGCCAUCUGGCACGGAGAAGAGGAACAGUUUGUGCUGGCUGAGCGUGGAACCUGGGUUGACUUUUGGUGAACGGGUCAACCCCACUUUGCCACUUGAGAGCCAGGCGUGGUAUCAUGGGACCCUGAGCCGAGUGGAUGCGGAGGGGUUGCUGCGGCUGUGCCGGGAGGCCAGUUACCUGGUACGGAACAGUGAGAGCAGCCACAACGCCUUCUCCCUGUCUCUCAAGAGCAGCCACGGCUUCCUUCAUAUGAAGCUCCUGCCCACCGAAGAUAACAAGUUUGUCCUGGGCCAGCACAGCCCCCCGUUUGACAACGUCCCCGAGAUCAUCCACCACUAUGCCAGCCACAAGCUGCCCAUCCAGGGGGCAGAGCACAUGUCCUUGCUCUACCCGGUCAUCGCACAAUCUUCCAGUUGUCUUGCAGCCGAGCAGUGACUUCCGGAGGCGGAUGUGGAAUGGAUAGAAUGGGGCUGUCAGGCGGUAUAAGCACCAGAAAAGAAUGGAACUCCAGAUAGCAUUGGGUUGCAGGAACAGAGAGCCGGGGGGGCAGGGUGGGGGUCUCUUGAGGUUGUCAGCAGCUAACAGAGAGCAUCGUCUGGGACCAAAAAUCCCAGGUCCUUCUAUUAUUUGCUGUGUAUUUGCAGGGAAAGGUGUUCUUUGUGCAUCGUACCCCAUUUGGAGGGCCAGUUGAUUCUCUGGCAGCAUGUUCAAGGCAAGACCCCCCCUGAGGGGAUCCGUUCUCACAUUGGAGGAGUGGGAAUUCCAGGGCCGGAUGACAUCUUUAAGGGUCAGCCCCUUAUCCUUUUCUAUAUCCUCGAUUAUAUCAGGUAUUCGUUCCAGGCUGGUUCACACACGAGUGUCACGUGCUGGCUGUAGCGUCGGUUAAUGACUUGCAUGUAUGAAUGAGGCCUCAUGGAUUGACCUUUCAGGUCAUUUAAAGUCAGGUCUGACUCAGAGCUUCCCCGAGGAGACAGCUUACAGAGACGUCUGCAAGCCAUCAGUGCGGGAGAGGAUCACACAAUAAACGCUGCACAAGCAAGCCAGCUCUUGGUUGCCUGAGUUGCCCCAGAAAUAUUCCAGCUACGUUUACAAUUUCAUCCUCAGGCUUGGUCUCCGUCUCCUAUUCAUUGCAACUCCGGACCUGGCCGAAUGAUCCUGUAAGCAUCCUCAGCUAUGCACAGGAUUUCCCUCCAGGCCGAAGCCUGAAAGGGUUUCAAGUGGGUGGGGGCAUUGACCUGGCUGCAGCACAACAGACUCAGUCUUCUCCUUGGCUGAGGGAAUGAGGUUAACUGUGAUGUGUCUAUGACUUUAUUGCAUGUGGCAAUUCAAGGCAGAUUUUCCCAGGAGUGUGAAUGCACUGGACGUUCUUGACUCAUCUGUCUGCUGACACCUGGGAAACUUCAGAGGGAGAAAUACAGAUGAUCCCACCAGCUCACCUUCAGGAAGUGAUUCAGUGAAGUCUAAAAAGAUUGGAAUUGAGGGAGCAACAGAAUUACGACCAAGGAGCAUUCUGCAUGUAUCUGUAUCCCCCUUAUUACGAAUUUACCCAUGAUGCAUUGUGGGUACUAGUCAGCUGGUCUUUUUGUGUCUGACUUUUUCCAAGAAAUAAUAAUAAAAUGAUACAUAAUC